AUGAACCGCAAAGAUUUCAACAAUGAUCAGCCAGCAUCUGUUUCUUUCAUAAGAUGUGUAAUCAAUGCUGUUCGGCAAAGAGGACUUUUCCCCUCGGUGUAUGGAAUGAGAAGAGCGCAACCGGAAUACACCAGUGAAGAUGUCAUUGACCAGCUUGUCUAUUAUACCCGUUUUCUCACCACGGCUUUAUCCGUACAACAAAAGAUGAUGAUGGAUACCUACAGUUCUACGCAUCAAGAGGCGCUUGAAGAUUUAUUACAAUUGUUUGAUAUCGAUGAUGACAGAAUCCGUGACCCAUGCAUCGACUAUUGGGUGCAACUGACCCACGGUGUCUUACAUUCAGCUCAAGCACCCCAGCUAUUUCCCUAUGCUCCUAUCAUCGAGAAGUUGAGGCGAAUUGUGCCUCUUCAAAUCAAAUGUCCAGACAAUACUAUCGCCGUCCACAGUGAUGAUGACGGUGAUGCUGGUACAACGUUUAGAUUUGUAUCUGAAAGUGAGACAGAGGUUCAAUACAAAGCCAGCAAGCACCUUUUGGAGAAUCUGACUCAGCUUGAUGCAAAUGACAUGGAAACAGCAUUUCGGGAAAUGUGGAUGGAACAUACACAGGACAGCAAGAUGCCACGCUGGCUUCUGUUGAGCAAGCUUUGUUGGGCAACAAGUGCUAUAUCAGAUGCUUUACCGAAUACCCAAUUUGCGGCGGACUGCUUUUCACAGCUGGAAUCCAUCGCAACACGGACUAUGACACCCAACCAACAUAACGCCAUCAUGGCAUACAGGCUAUAUCUAGCCGGACAUUCCGUUCGAUUGCUCAAUGAACGCCCUGAAUUCUUACAGCAUAUACUUGCACUCGUUUGCACAUGUGUGCAUAAUCAGGAACCGUAUCUUCGCGAGAUGGCAUGCUCUACAUUUUCACUCCUCUGCAAUGAUAGCAAACAUACUCUAGUGCUGGCUGAUGGUAACGGUGUAUAUGCUUUACUUGAUCAAUUGGAUUCACUUGUCAAUAGCUUAGAACCUCGGCAGAUACAUGGCAUUUAUGGCGCUGUAGCCACCGUAAUAUCAGCGUCGCCAGAGCUAUAUCAGCAACAGCAGAUACCAGUACUCAUGCAUACGCCGAACAAAAUCUUAUACUCAUUGGCGAAACAGCCACAACCAUGGCAUCAAGGCACAUGGGAUAUGCUGGACACGAUUGUGCAAAUCAAUAUACACGUCUGUACGGAGCUUCAACGUGGUUACACAUGUCAGCUCCAGACCAUUGGACCGUGCCUCGUAUCACUAUAUCGUGAACUUGCACAGACAGAAGACAACCUAUUGCUGCCAACCAAAUGGAACAUUGUUAAAGAGCAUAUCAAGCAACUGACCAAAUGCUACGUUGGAUUUUUCAAGGGUGAUGAGGGCAACGAUAGCUGGGUGGCUACAGUUUAUCCACUACUGGAGGUGUUGGCUCUCUCACCACCUGAAGAAACAGACAUGGGUGAUUUAAUGGGCGCUCUAAUAUCCUCGUCGUUUGUACAGCAAUUGAAUACUACCGAACAUCGAGGGAUAUUUUUACAGGCGGCCUAUCAUCAAGUGUUUGAACGAAUGUAUGAGGAGAUUCGGCAUGAUUUCACAAGCAAAUACGCCAAGCGUUCUGGUUUCUUCCAACUGGUAGAUUCUUUUAUAAGACAUGCUUUUGGAGAGAUGAUGGCACUGCUGAAGGAAAACGAGUUUUCACUCCUAGUGGAGAGUAUACUAUGGGGAAUUCAGCAUCCGGCGCACGAGAUCAGUAACAAAGCAUUGGAGACGUGUGAUGUAUUCCUUGACCGUGUUGCGGAGCUAGAAGAGGAAGAUCCCCAAAAUGCCAUGUACAAGAUGUAUUAUACUAGCAUAUUGCGUGCGGUGCUUUGUGGUGUCAUUGACCACGACCGGCGUACACAGUUCGAUAUGCAAAGCCAGCUCCUAGCAAGAUUGUUGGACCUUGUGCAGCAAGGUGAAGUUUACACACAGUUAUACCAACCUGGAACAUUUACCUCGAAUGCCAGUUAUGUGGAAGAAUGUAUUCGACAGAUCCUAUGUGAGAUCUAUCCGAGUUUACCGCAAGACCAAAUCGAUAUGGUGGCACAAGGCAUGGUUGGGUGCUGUGAUGAUAUUGUCAAGUUUCGCCAAGAUUUGAUUGAUUUCAUGGCAGACUUCCGGUCUAGCGAUGAAUUUGCUCAAGGAACAGAAAUCCUUGAAGCUGAAGCAUGGGAGCGGCUCACUAUGACAUAG